AUGUGGGCACCACAUGUGUCCGGGGUUGAAGCGGUGGAUCUGAACUCACAGGAUACUGCAACACACGGUGUCGCGGCAAUGGUGGCGUCGGCGGCUGUCGCAGCUGGGGCCCCGGGCCGUCUGCUUGAUGAGGAGUCGUUCCCGGCGGCCAGGUCUGCAAGCCGAUCGCUUCUGCCGCCCGAUCGCUUCUGCCGCGAGUCGCUGCUGAAGCACAUUUGGAGAAAUGUGCUGGGCCCUGGGGCCGUAACCUCCUACGGCGUCUAUGCGUCUCUCGAGCGAAAACUUACAGGAGAGAAGCAGGGCCAGACCUCUAUCUCUAUCAGUGUUUGA